AUGGAAGGAUUGGGAGGUGACCGGGAACCGUCGCCGGCGAGCGCUAGGCCGCACGUGCUGCUCCUGUGCAGCCCGUGCAUGGGCCAUCUCAUCCCUUUCGCCGAGCUGGCGCGCCGGCUGGUCGCCGACCACGGUCUCGGCGCCACGCUCCUCUUCGCCGCGGCCACGGACACCCCCUCAGAGCAGUACGUCUCUGUGGCCGCCUCCGUGCCCGACGGCGUCAAGCUGGUCGCGCUUCCCGCACCACCGACACUGCCGUCCACAGCCGCCGUGCGUGAACGCACCGUGCACGCCGCCGUCUCUAGUGUCCGGCACGUGCGGGAGAUCGCCCAGUCGUUAACUUCAGCCGCGCCGCUCGCUGCGCUCGUGGUGGACAUGGUCAGCGUGCCAGCACGCGACGUCGCCACGGAGCUGGGCGUCCCGUGCUACAUGUUCUUCACCUCGCCAUGGAUGCUAUUGUCGCUGUUCCUGCACCUCCCGGAGAUCGACGCGGGGCUCGUCGGGGAGUACCGGGACGCGACGGAGCCGAUCCGGCUGCCGGGCUGCGUGCCGAUCCAUGCGCACGAGCUCCCGGGAUCCUUGCUCGUCCGUCGGAGCAGCGACUCGCACGCCGGCUUCCUGUCCGUGGCCAAGGACGCCUCGAGGGUCGAUGGGAUCCUGGUGAACACGUUCGGCGCGCUUGAACCCGCUGUGGGCGACGGCAUGGACGGAGUGGCGGAGCUGCCGGUGCACGCGGUCGGGCCGUUGGUCUGGACCAGGCCGGUCGGCGUGGACAGGGACCAUUCACGCGUCAUCAGAUGGUUGGAUCAGCAGCCACACAUAUCCGUGGUGUAUCUGUCGUUCGGGAGCGGUGGCACGCUUACGCUGCGGCAGACGACCGAGCUAGCGCUGGCGCUAGAGAUGACUCACCGUCGAUUCGUCUGGGUCGUCAAGAGGCCAGAUGAAGACACGGCGAGCGGCGCAUUCUUCGGAACCCGGCGAGGAGAAGACGACGACGAGCUCGGUUUCCUGCCGCAGGGCUUCGUCGAGAGGACGUCAGCGGUGGGGCUCGUUCUCCCGUCGUGGGCGCCGCAGACGGCGAUCCUCGCGCACGCCUCCGUCGGCUGCUUCGUCACGCACUGCGGGUGGAACUCGAGCCUCGAGAGCAUCCUCAAUGGCGUGUCCAUGGUCGCAUGGCCGCUCUAUGCGGAGCAGAAGAUGAACGCAGCGAUGCUGGAGGUCCAGGCGGGGGUGGCCAUCCGCGUCCACGCUGAUGCCGGUGACUUUUUCAGCAAGGAAGAGAUCGCGGGCGUGAUCCGACGUGUGAUGGACGAGGAAGAAGGAGCAGGCAUGAGGAAGCGUAUUUGCGAAUUACGAGACAAAGCGGAACAUGCUCUAACCAAACAUGGUUCUUCCGCACUUGGAUUAGCGCACAUCGCAAAUACGUGGACAGCUUCUUGUAGUGAGAAAUAG